GCCUCCUCCACUAGCCAUGAAUCACCCAUCCCUUCACUGCUGCCUUGUCACUCUGUCCAUCCUCGUAGCCUUUUCUCUUUUAAUUUCGAUCACGUUAGAAUCCAGGAGACUACUACUCUCUGCAACACAGAUAUUCUCUGGACCACCUAUCAACGUAAACACUCAAGUUCAGGUAGCUUCACGAUCUGAGAACGUUUUCAGCACUCUUUCACAACCCACACUGGCCGUUGUUAUUCCCCUCAAUUCAUAUGGUCUAUCUGACCUUCGAAAUGCCCUUUCUUUCUUUGGAUCUCCAUCUGUUCGCCAAGUUCUCUUGCUCUGCCCAGAAUCAAUAUCUCUCGAAGUGGAACACAGUCUGAGGGAUCUCAUACUGUCCGAAAAAUCUUCUCACCAUGCUGUUUAUUCGAUAAUACCACGGAGAAAUUCAGAUAGUCUUGUCGCCGCCGUAUUUGAAUCGCUGUCUUCAUCUAACAGUGAUUGGAUCCUCGUAACAGACGAACGAGGAUUAGAGGAUAUCGAUCCAACUUCUCAAGAACUACUACUUCACCCAACGUCUUUGGUUUAUCCUAAGGGGCCGCGUGGAAUACGUCUCUCUUCGACUGAAUUCCUCUGCUUGUCGCCUUCAUCCUCAAUUCAAACUGCUUCGUACCUCGUACCGCCCUUCGUAAUGCCGACCAAUGUGGUACGGGGCCUUGGAGGCAAUCCGCAGACUUGGCAGGAGUUUGGUGAGAUUGUGUCCAAGUGCAUGUUCGGUGAAUUCGGUGGUCUUGUUUUUCCUCUACAUGAUUCGGACACCCGAGAAAACCAAGACUGGUGCAAUCUCAAUGACUCCGGGGCUCGGUCGUCUCACAUAUCGAAUAUUUCGUCAAAUGAAAUACUUGUCGAAGACAUUGGAAGGGAUCAGCCUGUGCUAUCGGAGCGCCUCACCAACGUCUUCAUCACGAUAUUUUCGACGCUUGAGGAACUACGCCUGUUUGCACCGGUCAUUUGUUCUCUGCAAUCCAAUGGAACGAAAGUACACAACCUCCUUGAUACUCGUUCUGGGCUAUCAUAUGACCGUAUGCGCACUGGUUCCUGUGUACUUGAGUUCAAGAGUCUGAUGUCUGUUGAUAUUCAUUCCGGGUUCGAUCCUAACUCUACCGUUCUUAUCACUCUGGCUGAGAUGGAUCACCGUAUACAUGGUGCCACUAACAUCCAUAUAUCUCGAAAAGAUCUACCGUAUUGUUCAUGGAUGGCCUCGUUGACAGAAGCAGAGUGGCGUGAUUGGCAUCGACCACGCCUUACCAUAAGCGUUAUCACGAAAGAUAGGCCCAGCUCCUUGGCACGAUUACUUUCAUCUAUCUCCAGCGGAUUAUUCUUUGGUGAUAGCAUCGAUAUGCGUAUACACCUAGAGCAGUCGGCCGACUAUGAAACAACGCAAGUGGUCAAACGUUUCUCGUGGCGUCACGGUAGCCUGUUCGUACACCAUCGUAUCAUUCACGGCGGUCUACUUCCUGCUGUUGUGGAGUCCUGGUACCCCCAUACCAAUGACUCCUAUGGACUACUUCUAGAAGACGAUGUCGAACUAUCGCCAUUAUUUUAUCCGUGGAUCAAGAUGUCACUUCUACGUUACCGGUAUGGCGAAUCCAUCGGGAAAUACCCCAACUUAUUUGGUAUAAGUCUCUACCAACAAAAAAGUAUAGAGCUUCAUCCAGACGGCCGCAGAUCAUUCAACGCGUCGCAUAUUUUCCUUGAAAACGAUAUUCCGAAGUUUAGCCCCUACUUUUCACAGAUCCCUUGCAGUUGGGGUGCUGUCUACUUCCCAGAACACUGGAGCGAGUUUCACGACUACCUCGCCAUCCGUUUCUCUGAAAUAACAUUCAAACUCGACAACAUCGUAGUCCCCGACGUCCGUUCAAACCGUUGGACUAAGUCAUGGAAAAAGUUUUUCAUUGAACUUGUCUUCCUUCGCGCCUAUGUAAUGCUUUAUCCCAAUUUUCCUGAUUACAUUUCUCUGUCGACGAACCAUCUCGAAGUCGGAUCACAUGUUAAACUACGCACCAAGGCAAAGCAAGAAGCAUUCUCUGUGCCUUUGAUGCAGCUUCCUGUGAAUGGCAAGCAAAUACUUCAAAUUCUAGAUCUUCCUGGAGGAACUCUUCCUGUUGCCCCUCCGGUUCUUAAUCUCACAGGAUUCCUUUCAACGAUCGAUGCACUGACCGCAGUUGGAGCUUCACGCCGAACUGAAAUGCUCAAAUGCGAUAUGGACGUGCGUAGCUCACCCCCAUUUGACGCAAGGACUUUGUUAUGUCUGUCCUGA